AUGGCGGGGCCAGUACGACAACCAAUAGAUGUACCUUCACUAGAGAGAUAUUUCGACAAAAAUGUUCCGGCAAUCAGGACCCCUUUAGACAUCAAACAGUUCGGCUUCGGCCAAUCCAACCCCACAUACCUCCUGACAUCUCCCAACUCCUCCAAGUUUGUGAUGCGUAAGAAACCUCCGGGGAAACUCGUGUCCAAAACUGCACAUAAAGUGGAACGCGAAUACCAAAUUAUCAGAGCGCUUCAAAGCACUAACGUGCCUGUUCCAAAGGUGUACUGCUUGUGUGAGGAUGAGUCCGUGAUCGGGAGUCCGUUUUACAUCAUGGAAUUCCUAGACGGUCGAAUUUUCACAGAACCAUAUUUCCCCGGCGUGAGUGAGUUGGAGAGAAGGGAUAUGUGGCAUGAUGCCAUCAGGACAUUAGCAAAGUUACAUAAACUGGUGCCGAAGGAAAUUGGACUUGAGAGGUAUGGAAAGCCGAACGGGUUUUAUAAUCGUCAAAUCAAAACUUUCAAGGCUCUGGGGGAGGCGCAGUCUAAGACAAAGGAUACUGAGACCGGUGAAGAGGUUGGGGAAGUUCCGAGAAUGGACGAAUUGGUUGCGUUCUUCAGUGACCCGAAAAGCCAGCCGAAGGAUAGAGGGACGCCAAUUCAUGGGGAUUAUAAAAUCGAUAACUUGGUUUAUCAUAAGACAGAGCCGAGGGUGAUCGGGAUACUGGACUGGGAAAUGUCGACAAUCGGCCACCCACUGUCCGAUAUCUCCAACCUCAUCGUCCCUUGGACAAUAACUGCAUUCGGCACCGAGCGCCGAAACUCUCACCUCGCCUUUCACCACUCCCAACAUACUCCCGGCCUCCCCUCCCGUAAUCAGUGCCUUGCGUGGUACAGGGAAGUAGCGGGCUGGGAUCCCGUCCUCGAGUUAAGCUGGGGUGUAGCGUUUGCUAUGUGGAGGGAUAGCAUCAUUUUCCAGGGCAUCGCAUCCCGGUAUGCGGUAAGGCAGGCUAGUAGUGAUCAGGCGAAGAAAGUGGGAGCGGAGAUGAAACCCGUGGCUGAGAUAUGCUGGCAGUUGGUGCAGAGUGUAAAGGAGGAUAAGCGAUCGAGGGCGCACUUGUAAGUCAGACACUGGAAGGCUUUGUUUUAGGUUGACAUCUGGGGGAAGCUAUCUCAGCCUCUCAGGCUUACGUGCAGAUUCUUAUAAGCGGUAUGGACAC